UCCGGUGAAAAAUUUACUUCGCAACUGAAAACUUUGCAGAUGAUUAUGCUUAAAUACAGCAUUUAAUAAUGUCUUUUAGAGAUUAAGAGUAGACUAACAUGUCGACAAUAGAGUUCAAAUUAUAUAAGUAGAAGCAGGUUGUUUUGUAAUUAUUGUAUCAUGGAAAUUGAAGACGAUGUGAGAAAGCUUUUGGCUGGAGAAAUUUUGCCUGUAUCAGACGUUGACACGGGGCUUGAUAAAUCUAAAUUCAAGCCAGUGACAAAGAAUAAUAUGGGAUACAUUGUAUCAGCAGUUGUUGUUAAUGAAGCAAGUCAAGUAUUAAUGAUUCAGGAAGCAAAAUACUCCUGUCAUGGAACCUGGUAUCUACCUGCUGGUCGAGUAGAGAAAAAAGAAACUUUAGUGGAAGCUGCGAAGAGAGAAGUGAAAGAAGAAGCUGGAUUAGAAAUUGAAGCAGUUACUCUGUUGUCUGUGGAAUUUGGAUCAGGCUCCUGGAUGAGAUUUAAUUUUACUGGAAAUGUUACUGGUGGAGAAAUAAAAACAUUAGAUUUGCAAGACAAAGAAUCUUUACAAGCAGAAUGGAUAGACAGAAAACAUCUAAAGGAUGGCUCACUUAAAAUCAGAGCCAAAGACAUAUUUCCACUGAUAGAAAUAGGUUACUCUUAUUAUGGAAAACCACCACGAAGUAGACAUAUGAAUUGUUUACCAACUCAAGUACCUCAUACGAAAGCUAUACACAGACCUGUCAUCGUGUGUGUUUUACAGGAACGAGAGCUCUAUCUUCUAGUAAAUACCAACACAAAACCACAUAUACCCUCAUGUUACAUAGGUUGUGCUGAUUCAUCAUCUAGAACAUCAGUGUAUUCCAUUUUAAAGGAAGCAGAUGUAGAUGGUGUACAAGGUGGAUAUAUAGAAGUUUGUGGACUUUUAUCUGUGGAAUAUAACGGUGAACCGGACGCCAAAAUCAAUGGUAUCUGUCUGACAUCUAUUGUUACCAUGACUAGUUCUGCAGUACCAAAGAUAGCCAAUGACAGUUACACAUGGCACCAUAUAACUUCAUCUUUGAAAGACGAAUUAUUACAAAAAAUCAAAGAUGAACGUUUUGUUAAGUUCAUUGAUUUAUAUUGAUUUCUUCAAAUGAAUUACCAAAUUUUUUAUAGUUAUAGUUUGAAAGAAGCAUUAAUUUAAAUAGGGAUUCUUUUACUUCAUUGAAUUCCAAUUUUCACAAGAUUUAUUAAGGCAUGGAUUUGUACCCCAAGUCAAUUUUAUUUUAAUUCAGAUCACAAAACAUUAAUUUUUCAUGCAAACAAAAUAUUUUAAUAAUUUAAUAAUUCUUCUGAAUUAUGCUAAAUUUAACAAUUGCGAUUUCAUUUCUAAGAUUUUAUUCCUUCUGUAUACUGUAUAAUGAUGUAAGCAAUAAACUUUGUAAAACUCGUUUGGAAAAAAAUGUGAAUAUAAGAAAGCUGAUCUGGACUAAUGAAUUUCCAUUAUUUUAUACCUUAUCAGUAAUUUAUUGUGAACAAUUGUUCUCUUACUCUGUAAUAUUUUCUAAGGAAACCAAAUGCAGAGUUAUUUGUGAUAUUAUACCUGUUAUAAUCAAAAGCUAAAUUUAUUAUUUUCUGUUUGGUUUCAGAAAAUAAAAUUAGGAAUAUUCGAUAAUCUAUGAUAUUUAACACUGUGGUUUCAAAUUGCAGAUAAGAGAUGCACAAUUUUUAGUCAGGAUAUUUAGCCGUCAAACUACUAGUGACUUUCUCAUGACUGAAAAAUGUCUUUUUUAUUCAGGGUUUAUGUUUGAUAUUUAUUUGAGCUAAAAUGGUAAUAUCCAAGUUUAAAUCUUGUUGUUAUGUUUAUGUAUGUGUGUUGAUUGUAAUGUUGUGUAUAUUAAAGUGUUCAUUUUUAACUUGAAGUAGAAUCAUGUAUUCCUGCAGUCAUGUGUCUUAAGAAGUUUAGAGAAAUAUUUCACAACAGCAGAUAAAAAAAAUUUAAGAUUGUUAGUUGCUUAUUUUCAUUUAUUCAAAUUGGCAAUUUCAGAAUUUAGGUAAAAGUUUUUAAAAGCAUACACCAAUCUUUUUGAUUGGAACAAAACAUAAAAAAUAAUGGAUAUAAUAUUUGCUGAAAAAGUUACUUUCAUUCAUAUUUUGUUUAUGGACAGUGAGUUUACCUAUUAAGCUUAGACUCUAUUCAAUCAGAGACAUAUAUGCACUGUAUAUAUGUCUCUGACUCAAUAAACAUUCAAACAAUCAUAAUGAUAAACUAGUAUUUGUUUCAAGGGUAUUUAUUCCUCUAAUUUGUCUAUUGUCAAAUCAUGGAUAAAGUUAGGGGGCUAACUAAAGUUCCUUUGAACUUCAAAACCAGCAUUUACUAAAUUCACAUGAUGUUUCGAGCUUGAUUAUAUAUUUUUUUUCUGCCUGAGAUGAUCCAAAAGAUAAAAAUGUUUAAUGCAGAGUUAUAAACAUAUAUUAUAUUAAAGUAUAUCACUGCCA